AUGAUUUUAUUUGAUUAAUAUAUUCCAUUAUAGGUUGAUGCUUAAUCUCGUAGUCAAAUUUGCAUAAAAUUAACAUUUUGGUUGAUCUUCUACAUCACUUUAUAAGUAAUUACAAUAAGAUAGAAUAAAUACUAAUAAUACGGGUUUUAUUAAUAGAAUUGCAAUAAUACAAGUUUUGAGAACUAAACCAUAUAAUAAUGUGAUUCAAUUGGAUUUUUCAGUCCAGAGACUAAUUAUGUGUUUAUAGAAGUAGUCUUUUCAAUUUAAGAUGUAUAUCAAUUUUUAAUUAUUAGUAAGAUCUUUUCAAACUUAAUAAAACAAAACUUUCCCAAGAACUCAUAAUUUAUAAUAUCAAUACACAUCUUAUCUUCUAUGGAAAUGCAUCAUUAUUAAAUGAAGUGUAAAAAAUUCCUAUUAAAAAAGAUCAAUAAAAGAUAGUUCAAAGUAUGAAAAUUAACUUCUUGAUGAAAAAUUUAAUUUAAAAAUCUAAUGCAAUUUAAUUUCUACAUACUAUAAUUGUUUAGGAGAGAUUAAGGAAUUUAAUUUAAAUAAUUAGUAAUUAAUUUUAUCAUAAAUAACUUUACAAAAACCACCUUAAUAUUAAUCUAUUUAGAUUAUAAAUAUAUAAGCAACUGUUGAAAAUACAAAAUAUUUUAGAUUUGUCUUUAUCCAUUAAGUAAUUUCAUAUAUUAAAUAGGUUAUAUUUAUAUUGAUAACAAGUUAUGCAUUAUUUAAUUUCAUUUAUCAUAUUUAAGAAUAUAAUAAAAUAAAAUGGCCACAUAUACUUAGAUGGGUACCAUAUUUACUAAUACUUAUGAUAUUCUAUAAUUUGCCAAUUCAAAUUUUUAGAUCAACUCAUUAUAAUGUAGUUUAAGGAUAUACAAAUAUAAUUUAAUUGAUUGUAUAAACAUCUUUAUUUUAUUUUUGGCUUCUCAUAUUUGAAUUUUAACAACUUCAAAAUAUUAAGGAUGAAGAAAUUGUAAAUAAUUAAAAUAAACUUAAAUUAAAUCAUUUAAUUAAAUUUUCUAUUGUUGUAUUUUACACAGUUCCAUAAGCAAUUCUUAAUCUUUAUAUUACUUAUCAAAAAUAUACUAGAAUUUAGUUUGACAUAUAAAAUGAGAUACCUUAUUAUAAUUCCUAUCAAUAUUUAAAUUUACUUACUUUAUCAAUAUACACUGCAAACUACUUGUAUCUAUUAUAUAAAUAAUUUAAUUACACAUAACCAAAUACUAAUGUAGAAUAAGAUAAUACUGUUGAAAAAUCAUAUGAAAUAUUCGAUGAACAAGAACUACAGAGAGUUACAAGAUCAUAUUUAAAAAACUAUAAAUUAUUACAUAUUUUAUCAACAAUAUGCUUUGCUACUUUACUUUAUAAUUAAUAUCUGAAUAUCUUCCAACCUAAGAUGAUCACAACUAUUAAUGCACUUAAUGAAUAAAGUGCUAUUAAUAUUUAUAUUUGUUUGAUACUUUAAUUGUAUGUUCCAGCUAAAAUAACAAAUUAUUUUUUACCUAAUGAAUAAGCUUAAGAUAAUAGAAUACAAUAAACGGAUUAGAAUGAAGCCAUAUGA